CAGACCUCUCAAAGUUUCUACAGACUUGUUUUGGGAGCUUCAGAAAAAGAUCCAAAAAGCUAAGGGAGCUGCGAAAUCCUAACUUGUAGAUAGGAAGCUUGCUCAGCUGAUUAGCUCUCAUUCGGAAUCAGAAGAUAACGAGAGGCAUGAAUAGAGGUGGUUGCCAGAGCUCACCGGUGCAACAAAUGAUGGCCGGAAACCCUAAUUGGUGGAGUAUCAACAGCAUGAGGCCACCAAGUACCCAACCAUCUAUGAAUAUUUCUCCUUUCUUUCAUCCCCCUUCUCCUCUUCCUCCUAAUUUUUUAAUCCCACAAUUUGCACCCAACAACAACAACAACACUUCCGCCCCUUCUUCAACAAUUUCUUCUUCAGGACUUGGCAUUCCUUCUUGGCAUAUUGAAAAUAACAACCAGGAGCUUCCAGAGUCUUGGAGCCAACUUCUCUUGGGUGGAUUGGUAGGUGAAGAUGAGAAAGGGGUAAUCAUGAGACAAUUUCAUCAAGCUGCUAAGAAAUUGGAAAAUUGGGAGGAGCAAGUAUUAAAUAGCACUCAAACUCCAAAUGCUCCUGCUGUGGACGUGAAGCAAGAAAACUCAGGAAGCAGCGGUGGCUUUAUGUACGGACAUCAUCAUCACGGGAAUGAUCACAUCCAAGAUUUUAACCCAUCAGCUGCAGCUUUGUCUUCUUUGUCUCAGAUUAUGCAAUCAACUACUCCAUCUGCAGCCUCAUCUCCUAAGUCAUCGUGUGUGACGAGUUUCAGCAACAACAAUAUGUUGGAUUUUUCUAGCAAGUCGGAAGUGAGGCAUCCACCACCACAUCGAUCCUCUGAUCAGUGUAACAAUGGUGGGGCGCUUAAGAGAGCAAGGGUUCAACCUUCUUCAACCCCUACUACCUUCAAGGUGAGGAAGGAGAAAUUAGGUGACAGAAUUACAGCCCUUCAUCAGCUAGUUUCUCCAUUUGGGAAGACUGACACAGCCUCUGUCUUGUUAGAAGCUAUUGGGUACAUCAGAUUCCUUCAGAGUCAAAUUGAGGCCCUCAGUUUACCUUACUUGGGCAGUGGAUCAGGAAACAUGCGGCAGCAGCCACAGUCUGCAGUUCAUGGGGAGAGGAAUUGUAUGUUCCCUGAAGAUCCUGGUCAGCUGCUCAAUGACAAUUGCAUGAAGAGGAAAGGAGCUUCUGAGCAGAAAAAUCCUCAACCGCUCCUUCCACAUUCUCCUCACGCUCAACCCCUUCACUUUAUUAAAACCACCCAACGAAGAAAGUUCACCGACGGACUACUGCGACAAAAAUAUGGUUUAGCUUUUUGUCGCAAUUAACCCUAAUGAAGAGGAUUGUUUUGCUAGUAUGGUAGCUACGUUCGGCAGCAUAUUGACACUAUAUAAAAUGUGCUGUAGUUUGUGGAUGUGAUGAAACGUAGAGAAGAGAAUAAAAAAAAAAAUUUAAUUGCACAUGUAUUGUGUGUGCUAGUUGCUAGUAUCUUUUAAAAUAACUUUUAGCUCAUUAAUUAUAUACAAUUAACUUUGCGUAAUUACAAUGAAAUUAAGCUAUACUUAAUUAAAUUGGUUUUCUGGUUACACAUUGUUAGGAUCCUCAUGAAGAGC